AUGCGUCUCGCUGUCGUCUCUCAGCUUGUUACCGCCGUCUUGGCGGCUCGGCCUUGGCUCAACGAGCCCGAUACCGGCCUCCAGACCUACCUGGACAGCACCAACUACACAGAGGGUGCCCGUCCCUUGUUGAAGGACAUUCGCGGUAUCCCCGACUUCGAGUUCGCCGCUCGGCAGGUCAUGACCGACCAGCAGUAUGCCUUCUACCGCACUGCUGCCGCCGGCGAGUGGGCCUACCGCCACAACCUGGAGGUCUGGAAGAAUGCGAGACUUCGCCCUCACCAACUUGUCGGUGUCUCUGGCGUGAACAAGACUACGGGUGUCACCAUCCUCGGAUACAACUUCAGCUCCCCUUUCUUCAUCUCCCCCGCUACCCGAGCCGCCUAUGGCGACCCUGACCGGGCUGAGCUGAACUUCGUCGAUGCUUCCGCCAAUGAGAACAUCCUCUAUGUUGCCGCCAUGUACGCCUCCAAGUCUAUCGAGGAGAUUGCCGCUGCCAAGCACAACAACACCCCCAACGGUCCCCAGGUUGUGUUCCAGCAGAUCUACUCCAACGCCAACCUGUCCGUCACUUGGGACAUCAUCAAGCGAGCUGAGGCUGCCAACGCCAAGGCCAUUGUUUGGACCAUUGAUGCUCCCGGUGACUCUACUCGCCACCGUGCUGCCCGCUACGACACCACCAAUGCCAACGGCGUUACUUCUGACCUGACUUGGGACCUCUACGAGGAGAUGAAGUCUCGCACCAAGCUUCCCAUCAUCCUCAAGGGUAUUGCCACCGUUGAGGAUGCUCUCACUGCUGUUGAGAAGGGUGUUGAGGGCAUCUGGCUCUCCAACCACGGUGCCCGCCAGGUUGACUACUCUCCCUCGCCCCUCGAGAUUGCCUACGAGAUCCGCCGCAACGCCCCCCACGUCUUCGAGAAGACUGAGGUUCUCGCUGACAGUGGUGUCCGCUACGGCUCUGAUGUUGUCAAGUUGCUUGCUCUCGGUGUCAAGGCCGUCGGCAUGGGUCGCCCAUUCAUGUUCUCCAACGUCUACGGUGUCGAGGGCCCCACGAAGCUGAUUCAGCUCAUGAAGAACGAGAUCAUUCACGAUGCUGCCCAGAUCGGCAUUUCUGACCUGAAGAACAUCCCUUACAAGGUGCUCAACACUCGUGCCCUUGAGCGUGAUGUCUACAUCAUGGACGAUAAGAACUAG